AUGAGCGUCUUUGCUGUGUAUGUUGUCAGUGCUUCGGGGUCGUUGCAGUACUUUUAUGAGCACUCAAUGCCCUUUACUGAUGUGGAGAAAACUUUCGAUUUCCCUGUUCCGCUGCGCUUCAAACUUCAUGAUGGAAAACUAAUAGUUGACUUCGGUUCUUAUGAAGAUGUAAAAAUUGGUCACGCUAUCCUUUCAGUCAAUUCCUUGGAUUCAAAGGGGACGCAACUUGCGGAUGGAAAGGACAUACUGCAGGUUCUCGCAGAUAAAAGCAAUUUUCCAUUAACCAUCAAAUUUGGGAGACCACGCCAACGUCCCAACGAUCGAAUUCAACUUGCAAGCAUGUUUCAACCGCUGCACCAAAUGGCCCGUCAUCUCAGUCCAGUCCCAGACCCGGCGAAGGAUUCUAAUGAAAAGCGCGUUGGUGGCGUUUUCAAUUCCGGUAUCCAAACUUUAGACACUCCCACUUGUCGUAUGCACUGUCUGGAGCCGCGAACUGGUGUCAAAUUCCUUAUGGUAACUGACUCCAAACUACCAUCGGCUGCGCGUGAAUCGCUCAAUCGUGUUUAUGAGGCAUACACUGAUUUUGUUCUCAAAAAUCCGUUUUACGCGCACAAUCAGCCAUUUAACUUCGAAUUGUUCACUCAACAAGUAAAAACGAUUUGCGAACAAGUCGAACGCGGCAUUUACGGGGCACCUUAG